AUGGACUAUGGUUAUGCAAGUGCAUAUAUAAUCAUUAAUUUAAACACUAACAAUUUAAUAUACCUGAAUGUUGAACAAGCAUUAGCUGAUUUGGCUACAUUUAUAAACAACAUUUCAAAUGAAAAUAACAAAUUGUUACUAAAUGCAAAAUGGGUAGUAUUUGGAGGAUCUUAUUCAGGAAGUUUAGCUGCCUGGUUGAGAAUGAAAUAUCCACAUCAAGUACACGCAGCAGUUUCAUCAAGUAGCCCUGUAAUAGGAACAAUAGAUUAUAAAGAAUAUUUUAUGGCUGUCCAAAAUACAUUAUCAAAUUAUAAUCCGRAAUGUGCAUCAUACAUAAGAAACGCAACUUUAACAAUAAGGGAUUUGUUAAAAACCAACAAUGGAGCAAGAUAUAUUGACAACAAUUUCAAUACCUGCAGUUACAUAAACGUAAAAAAUAAAAACGAUAGAGUUCAGUUGUUUAAUAACUUAGCUUUACCAAUUGGACUUAUUGCACAAUAUAAUAAAGAUAACAGAUAUAAUGACAAUUCUUUUUCAUUAGUAACAUUAUGUGAUAUGAUGUCAAACCAGUCGUUAGGAAAUCCAGUAAAUCGACAGUGGAUGUACCAAAUCUGUACACAGAUCGGAAAUUUUAUAACAUCGAAUAAACAAAAUCACUUAUUUGGUAACACCAUACCAUUAAACUAUUUUACAGAUAUGUGUAGAGAUAUUUUUGGAAAAUUUUAUAACCUAAAGGCAUUAUACAAAGCAAUUAAAAAAACAAAUAAGAUGUACCAUGAUUUAAAAUAUAAAACUAGCAGGGUUAUUUAUUUACACGGGUCUGCCGAUGCAUGGAAUACAUUAGGUCUUACUAAACUACAAACAAAAGACUCCAUUUCAAUUAUCAUUAAAGGAGUAGCUCAUUGUGCAGAUACAUAUCCGACUCGCAGUAUACAUUUAUUGACGUACUGCCCCAGUGUUGCUUGCUUUAAAAUUAAAAGCAUAAAGUUUCAUAGAUUUCCAAAGGAUCUUACAAAUCGACCGAGGGACGUUGACUCGGGCGAACGACUCGCAACACGAGGACACAAGACAUUGACACUUUCUGAACUAAGGUAUACCACCCCGUCGAGUAGCACCACUAUGUUUGCGAAGGGCGAGAUCGGUUUGAGCCGAUACAGCAAUGCAACAGCCACCCCAGCAACCAGAGAUCCAGUAGCCAACUCUUACCCCCGAGGAGACCGGUCUAUAGCUUGUGUUGGACAGUCGUGUACAUAA